AUGGCUUCUAAUUCAACAACGACGGGUCCGCCCGCGGCGACAACUACGGCCUCUAGCGAUUCUGGUGGCUCUGGCCCGACAAGUUCACCUCUUUUGUUCUUUGUCGCGCUUGGAUUUGGUGUGGUGUUCACCAACCUUUGGAUUAUCGUCGGUGUCAAGUACUGCUUUCGCUACAAUCAACGCAAUCGCCAGUUACGCAAUGAAGAAACGGGAGAACCCAUUGACUUGACGAAUAUGCCUCGUGCUCACCGACGACGACGGGAGAAGAAGCUGAUGACAAUGGACGAAGUGAACGAACGGUUCCCCUUGGUCAAAUACAAAGUUUGGAGAUCGUCUCGCGCCAACCAAGGGUUACCAACGGAAGGUGGCAUCACGGCUCCCAACACCAGGCCACAGAGUUUGAGGGAUGAGGAAGUUGAUCCUAUGCCCGCGCCGGUUCUGAAUCCAACACCUGUCACCUCCCUUUCUGCAGAGGACCAGCGGCAACCAUCAUCUCAACUGACUACAAUCUCACACAAGACACAAGUUGAUGCAAGUACUCGUCCAGUGGAUGGAACUACAGAGAUCGUUACGGCCUUCCCUGCAGAUCAAAAUGCGGGUGUUGGUGCGUCUCAGGAGAAAUGGCAGCACUCUAUGGUUGGGGAGACCCACGGGAUAGAAGAGGAUGAGGAGGAUGGUGAUCAGAUUCGCAAAGCCGUCCCCGCCGAAUUGCUUCCUAACCCGGGAGAUUCGUGUGCUAUCUGUCUAGACAUCAUUGAAGACGAUGAUGACAUUCGUGGUCUGACUUGUGGCCACGCCUUCCACGCCUCGUGCGUCGACCCUUGGUUAACAAGCCGACGGGCUUGUUGUCCACUUUGCAAGGCCGACUACUACACGCCCAAGCCACGCCCUCAGCAAGCUGAUGGAUUCCCUGUCCCCGCUUCCGGACGCCGCACCAUGUCAACCCGCCUGGAUGCUCUUGCAAGACCUCCUCGUGCUGCGUGGCCUGCAGAUUCAUCAAAUCGUUUCCGAUCACAGAUGACAUUUACUGGUCGUCUGUUCCCGUCAGUAUUCCGCGGUCCACAAUCAGAAGCGGUGGACGGUAGUAAUCCCGGACCGGCGGCAGCAGCGGUUGACGGUGCGACCUCGACCGGCUCACCAUCACCUCGACGCAAUUGGACUCGAUUUCUACCAGGACGCGCUGCGGAUCGGUCGACUCACCGUCCGGCCACGGAUCCAUCCACUGCGGCACCUGCAAGUAAUGCACCUGCGGGACAACACCAGGAGCGCACACCGAGUCAGCUGGAAGCAGGCGUCUAA